AUGGUCAAAGUCCUCAUCUCCCUCAGCGUGUUGGCCGCUUCCGCUACGGCUGGCUCCGUCACGGAACUCCCCGAGUCUGUGACCAAGCUCAUCGACUACUCCAUCAACCCCUGCGACGACUUUUACCAGAAUGCUGUGAUACCCCCGGACAGACACAAAAUCGAUACGUCGUUCUACGAGAUCAACAUCCAAAACCAAGCCGUAUUGAGGAAGAUUUUCUCUGACAACACGACCAAGCUUGGUGAGUUUUACAACUCCUGUUUGGACACGGCUACGCUAUCGUCGCUCGGCCUGACUCCGCUGGAGGACUCGUUCAAAGCCAUUCGGUCGGCCAACACCACGUUGGACCUCCUCAUCGUGGCUGACUUGACCAAGAACGCCCUCUUCGGUUUCCGAGCCCCCCUGUGGCUGAGUCGCUCGUACUACACCAACCCUUCCAAGUGGAAGGACGUCGAAGCCGAGUUCAAGGUGUACAUUGCGACGGUGUUGCAGCUAGCUCGCUACACUGCUGAGCAAGCGGCGGCUGCCGUGCCGGUGAUCAUCCGUUUCGAGCAAACACUGGCCGGUAUCGCCCUCACCGAGGAGAAGGACGCCGAUGUACCUCGGCCUCUGUAUACUGAAUUUAGGUACUCCCAACUGCACCAGAAGUACCCUCUGCUUGUGGGCUCGUGGCUCAAAGCCAAUGGCUUCGACAUCUACGACCAGUGGGGUGGGUCGAAUGACUGGGUGGGGUUUAAGGACGUGAACUACAUUGACAAGACCGAAGUGUUGCUGAAGAACACGACGCUGGAGAACAUCCGCACCAUCGUGGAGUACAAGAUCAUCCACGCCUCGUCGAAACACUUGACCCCUGCAUUCCGCACGGCCAACUGGAACUUGUUCGGCAAGAAGAUCGAUGACGAAAAGGUGGAACCUACUCGUGAAAAGUUCUGCUUGUCUGAGACACGCUCCACCAUGGUCAAGACGGCUGACGAACUGGUCAAGGCCUUGAAGUCGUCCUUUUCCACUGGCAUUGCCACCGCCGACUGGUUGGACAACUCGACCCGCGCCAACGCGCAAACGAAGCUGUCUAAGUUUAGACACUUGUUGGGUGGCCCGGAGAAGCCGCAGCUGUAUCCCACGCUGACGUUCGACUCGACGACGUAUUUGAAGAACCGGUGGAAGGUGUCUCAAGUGAACAUCGACACCAACUUGAAGCUGAACGGCCAACCUGUGGACAGGUACAAGUUCGACGAGCCACCCCAUGUGCCGGACGCGUACUACAACCCCCUCACGAACCAAAUGUUCUUGCCGGCCGGCGAUUUUCAAAAACCAUUCUUUGACGCCCAGUUUGACGCCGCUCAGAACUUUGGUUCCAUCGGGAUGCUCAUCGGACACGAAAUUACCCACGCGUUCGACAACCAAGGCCGCAGAUACGAUGGCGACGGCAAACAGAAACAGUGGUGGUCGGAAGCCUCCAACGCUGCGUUCGAGACGAAAUCCGAGUGCAUUAAGGACCAGUACAACAACUUUGUCUCCAACAGCGAAGUGACUGGUGCUGUGAUCGGCAACAUCGGCAGCCUGUUCUCUUCCAAUGAAAUCAUUGCGGACAACCGGGGUCUCAAGGCCAGUUUCCGCGCGUACCAUGAGUACUUGAAGGAGUUCCCGUCCCAGUACACGGAAGAAGCAGGCGACAAAUUGUUCUACUUGUCGUUCGCCCAAACCUUGUGCUCCAAGAACACGGAUGCCCACCUCCGCGCGACUUUGUGGAAGCUGUACCCGCCCACUCGGUUCCGCGUGACAGGGGCGUUGCAAAACGACGCUCAGUUUGCCCGUGUUUUCCAGUGCCCCACCGACUCGCACUGGAACCCGUCCGUCCAAUAA